AUGCCGUCCACUCCGCCUUCAACUUCACCACCGGCUACGGUCAGCGAAUACCAGCCACCACCCCUUCUCUCUCCCCGAGCUACUAGCAUGUCCAACGAGUCAAAGCUACUUGAGGAUGCCUUAUCCGCCGUCAAGGUCCUUGAAUCUCGAUUCGAUACCUACAGGGCAGACGUUGACGCUCGCUUCGACACUUUCCGCAAAGAAGUUCUCGGCCGUCUGACAGAGGUCGAGACGGCGCCUGUUGCCUCCAACGCGGCAGUCAGGGAUGAACUUCGUGUCGUUCGUCGGCUUAUGACUCAGAAGGCGUUGGAGAUUGGAGAGUUUAGGCUAGAGUCAAGGGAUGAAAGGGUCAACAGGAUAUUGGAAACCUGUCGACCGCAUGCUGAGGAUGGCGCGGAGGCCCAUCAAACCGAUUUGUGGCCUCAGCGCGCUGCAGGCACCAGGCCAGCAACAGCUCCUGUCAUGACCGGAGGUAACUCUGGGAAUACCGAAUAUCGUGAGCUGUUUAAGACGCUGGGGCACCGCCGGACCCUCGUUGUGAGUAACGCCGAGCCCUUUGCCGAUGCAUGGUGCGACUCUUCCCCGAAGCAAUCCUCUUUGCCCCGUACCCGGAGCCGUUACCGGGCUUUGGUGACUCCAUACAAGCGCGCGACGCCGUCUAUUCCUCGAGUCACCAAGGUACGGAGAAAGAACCUUCAGGUUCAGUACGAGCGGGAUCAGGUAUACCCUCGUGGCAUUCAAAGUAGCCAAACGAGCUCGGCUUUGCCUCGGCUGAUGGCUCUGGCUGCACCUUCUUUCACGAUAUCAAAGUCAAAAUCCUCUUCUGAUAUCGAGCCUCAGCUCCAGUAUUACCAUUCUUCCUUGACGGCUGAAUGCAAGGUAGCUUCGCAGACAGCAACGAACUGGACUGAUGAUACCCAGUGUUUGAAAGCUGCCGAGUCGGAUUUAAGUGUCAGUCGGGAUUCAUCACAGCUUCUCAGCGAGCGUGAGCCUGAGACAGACAAGGAAGAGAUGCUGACCAGCAUUGUGCUUCCUGACUUACUCUGA